GCUGUGUUAACUUAGGAUGUUAGAGAUGUGAGUCCUGUGAUCAGUGUGAGCACAGCUGGGCAGGUGCCAUGGGCAGCCUGAGCUGGAGAGAGCUCUGUAGUGGAAGGCAGAGCCCAGCCCCAGCAGACUUCCUUCUGUGCUGAGAGGCUCCCCAACUUGGGACCACUUGCCUUCUAAUCCUGUGGGGACCAUGAAACAGUGUUUGUAGGGGGCGGGGGGUUAUGGCCUCUGUAGCUGAUAGAAACACUCUCCCUCCAUCCAGGCUUCUGUCCUACUUUCCUUCCCGGCUGCUGUAACAGACACCCUGCCCGAAGCAGCUGGGGGAGGGGUUGAUUUCAGCUCUCAGUUGCAGAUAGCAGUCCAUUGUAGUGGGAGGCUUGGCGGGGCUGACCUCAUCACAGCUACAGUUAGGAACAGAGAAGCCAGGGGUGGUGGCACACACCUUUUAUCCCAGCACUUCAGAAGCAGAGACAGGAGGAUCUCUGUGAGUUUAAGGCCAGCCAGGGAUAAUCUGUCCUCACUGAGGUAGAACAUCUAGAUCGGCCAUGUCUCCCUCCAGGACUCUCUGCUCCAUGGCCACAGCCAAACGCAGUCCUAAAGGUUGCUGAGUUGAACCAAGCAUGUGGUGGUAAUGCAGAGGCGGGAGGACGGUCAGAAGCUGAGGGCUAUCCUCGGCUAGUCCUGGAGAAAGGUCAGAAGUUGAGGGCCAUCCUCGGCUAGUCCUGGAGAAAGGUCAGAAGUUGAGGGCCAUCCUCGGCUAGUCCUGGAGAAAGGUCAGAAGUUGAGGGCCAUCCUCGGCUAGUCCUGGAGAAAGGUUAGAAGCUGAGGGCUAUCCUCGGCUAGUCCUGGAGAAAGGUCAGAAGCUGAGGGCUAUCCUCGGCUAGUCCUGGAGAACAGUCAGAAGCUGAGGGCUAUCCUCAGCUAGUCAUGAAGAGUUAGAGGCUGUGGGACCCAGAAGACUGUGUCAGAACAAACAGAGUUGCUGGGUAAGGUCAGGGUUAGUGGUGUGUGCACAUGAUCCCCACUGCUGUGAAGGUUGCUGCAGGAGCAUUACAAAUUUGAGACUGGUGUGGACCUAUGGACCCUGUCUUAAAAACCAGGAAAGGCAAGCAUGGUUAUAAAUGCCCGUCAUCUGAGAGGUAGGAGUUGGGGGAGUGGGAGUCCAAAGCCAGCCUGAAGCCCUGUCCCCAGGAGCACAGUGUCUGACCUGCUUAUCUACCCACCAGAUUGUUUUCCUCUCUUUGGGACAGGACAGGGUCAAACCCUAAGUCUGUGGGAAGCCUGGGGCUGCACUCCUGUCUCAGCUCCUGAGCUUCUCUUGAAACUCUAGCUGUUCAUUCUCUGCUGGACCCCUUAGCUCAUGUCGGCUGAAGCACAACAUGGCUGACUUCCAGACAGAUGGCAGACAUCGGGCUAAGAAAUUGGCUCUUAUUCUUUAGCUGAAGGAAGCUUCUGGAAGGGAGCAUGACGUAAUGAUGAUGUAAUGAUGGCGUAAUAAUGAUUAAAAGUGCUGGAAAGAUGGCUCAGCAGUUAAGUAUUGCUCUUACAGAGGUCCCGAGUUCAAUUCCCAGCAACCACAUGGUGGCUCACAGCCAUCUGUAAUGGGAUCUGAGGCCCCCUUCUGGUGUGUCUGAAGACAGCGACAGUAUUACUCAUAUAUAGUAAAUAAAUAAAUCUUUAAAAAAAAAAGUUAGGGUAUGGUCACCUUCAUGGUACAGUGUUCUCAUCUCCAGAGAGAGGUGACUGUGCUAAGCAGUGAAGGCUGGGUGGGCUGUGUCAGACUCCCUCAUUCCGUACUGUUGAAAUACCUUCUUGAACCAGAAGGGGGAGCUGCUCUGCCUUUGCCGCCAACUUCAGGUUCCUUCCUGCAAAGCUGCUUUGCUGUCAUUUCGGUUAACUAGUUCAUAGCAGGGAUGAAUAUCAGGAUCCCUUGGGCAGGUUUUAAAAGUUGACAGUGUCUAGAGAAAUGGCUCGGCAGUUAGGUGCCCUGGUUGCUCUGGAGGAGGCCUGAGUUUGAGUCCUCACACCCACGUAGCAGCUCACAAUCGUCUGCAGCCCCAGCUCCAGAGGACUUAACAAGCAUGCAUGUGGCACACACAGCUUUGUGACGACAAACUGUGCUCUGCAGUUUUCAUCCCGUGGGAUCCGGCCUGGCCUGACCACUGUGCUAGCUCGGAACCUGGACAAGAACACUGUGGGCUACCUGCAGUGGCGCUGGGGUAUCCAGUCAGCCAUGAACACCAGCAUCGUCCGGGACACUAAGACCUGCCACUUCACGGUGGCCUUGCAGCUGGGCAUCCCUCACUCCUUUGCACUCAUCAGUUAUCAGCACAAGUUCCAGGACGACGACCAGACUCGAGUGAAAGGGUCCCUCAAGGCAGGCUUCUUUGGGACCAUAGUGGAGUAUGGAGCUGAGAGGAAGAUUUCCCGACACAGCGUCUUGGGUGCGGCUGUGAGCAUUGGCGUCCCUCAGGGUGUGUCUCUCAAAGUCAAGCUGAACAGGGCCAGUCAGACCUACUUCUUCCCCAUCCACCUGACGGAUCAGCUGCUCCCCAGCGCUGUGUUCUACGCCACCGUGGGGCCGCUGGUCGUCUACUUGGCAGUGCACAGGCUGAUCAUCAGACCGUACCUCAGGGCUCAGAAAGAGAAGGAACUGGAAAAGCAGAGAGAGAACACAGCCAGCGACAUCCUGCAGAAGAAGCAAGAGGCAGAGGCCGCUGUUCGGCUAAUGCAGGAAUCUGUCCGAAGAAUAAUUGAAGCAGAGGAGUCACGAAUGGGGCUUAUCAUCGUGAAUGCCUGGUAUGGGAAAUUUGUCAAUGACAAGAGCAGGAAGAACGAGAAGGUGAAGGUGAUUGACGUGACAGUGCCCCUGCAGUGCCUGGUGAAGGACUCCAAGCUCAUCCUCACAGAGGCCUCCAAGGCAGGGCUGCCGGGGUUCUAUGAUCCAUGUGUCGGGGAGGAGAAGAGCCUGCGAGUGCUGUACCAGUUCCGAGGUGUGCUCCACCAGGUUAUGGUGCCUGACAGUGAGGCCCUGAGGAUACCAAAGCAGUCUCACAGAAUCGACACAGACGGGUAAACCGCUUGGGAACCUCGAGGAAAAAGAGGCUACGAAAACCUUUUCCUAAGAGGCUACAAAUUUGGAAGCAGGGAAAACCCAGACAUGAGAUGUUUUUAGUUUAUUUCUCCAGAAGGGGGCACUGUAUCAAUUAUGUGAAGGGACAUGCAGACAGCCUAGCUCCAUGGUGCUGUGGGGUAGGACUGAGGAGCCCUCUGGCCAGACCCCAGCACGGCCAUGUCUCUCCCAAGGAUCAUGUUCCUGGAGGUCACGCCCCUGGUCCUUCUCAUAAGUGGCUGUGCACAGCAGCUCUCUGGAGGUAUUUGGAACAUUCUGCUGUCACACAUGGGACUGCUCUUCCUGAAGCCCAUGCUGUUCGUGGGAAACAUGGGAAGAAAGGAAGACGUGUCGUGUGCUGCUCAGUAGACUUCCCACAAGCCACCUCUCUCUUCUGAAACGUCACUGAAUGGACUGGAGAGGACUGCGGGUUUAUAAAACUGCUUUUUAUCUGAGAACAAUGGGUUUGGAAACUAGUCUCUUUUCUUCCCACUUUUACAGAGCUUCUCAAAUCAUUCCUCCAGGCCCUGACUUGGACAGGUAGGGGGGCAGACCCUGGGUCCCAAGGUGCACUGUCCAGGCACACUGCCCACAUUGCUAAGAGAAGAGGCCCUGCUGCCAGUGGACCCUUCACCCCACACGAGACACCUGUCUUGCCUUUAGGACACCCUCCUCUAGAGAGUGGUGUUGGAAGGAGGGGACCUAUGUAAGGAGUUGGGGCAGGCAUGAAUCUGCCAAAUACUGGAUAUGGAUCCAAGGCUGGCCCAGGCACCUGCACCUCCAGUGAGUGGUCAGCAGGUGGCGCUGCUGCCCGCCAGGCUUCACAGAGUCCCUUUAGGGAGUCUGCUCCCAGAUCCCUUCUGGUGCACACUUACUGGAUGUCACUGCAAGCUCUACCCUCUGAGCAGGUGUUGCACCACAGUGGCGCUGACCCUGGCCCCGCAACUGCAACUGCUGAAGGCAGGCAUUGCCUCAGCCAUUCUCAAGACCCUUCAAUUUUUAAAAGCAGUUCGAUUCUGUAAUAUUUAUUUUUCUUUUUGAGGAUGUUUCGUUGCCCCGCAGACUGACUGCAGUGUGCACCAUUGCAUGAGCCCUGCCUCAGUGCCCUGUGGCUCCCUGGGCACUGCUGCCCCUCUGUCUAAAGCUGACUGUGGCAGCACUGCCCAACAAUAAAGCUGACCUAAAAGCUGA